AUGUGCCGAGCUCGGACCGAAAGCUGGGGAUACAGAGCACCUAGUGGGCAGCUCGCUUCUGACCUGGUUAGCCACAGAGGCACAGAUGGGCGGCUCCUAACAACCUGCUGUUCCCAGAAAGCCUUUGGAGGCGAGUACGUGGAUCUUAGUUUUCAAGGGCGAGACGUGGGCUUUGUGUUGUCAAAUAUUAAAAUAUGUUCUAAAGUGUUAAAAAUUGUAAAGUGUGGUAUUGUUGCAGAAAGUGACAGCCUCGAGUGUGGUGUCCUGUACUGUGCACAAUCAGAGGACAUAGCUGCUCAUGAAAAUUGUUUGCUGUAUUCUUCAGCACUUGUGGAAUGUGAGGAUAGUGAUCCAAAACAUGGUUAUAGAAGUUUUAAUGUGGAAGCAGUAAAGAAAGAAAUCUUCAGAGGAAGGCGAUUGAAAUGCACAUUUUGUGAUGAAAAAGGAGCCACCGUGGGAUGUGAUAAAAAAUCCUGUCCCAAGAAUUACCACUUUUUCUGUGCCAAGAAUGACCGUGCUGUUCUACACACUGGAUCUGGAGGAAUUUAUAAAGUGUUUUGCCAAGAACAUGAUCCAUCGAGAGAAACUCAAUCUGGCCUCCUCUCUGUAAAGCCUUUGUCUCGUGUCUUCCAUCCUCACUGCAUUCAGAAGACUGUCUCACAACAAGCUCAUUUUUCAGGAGUACAAAGAAAAAGAAAGAAGGCAGAUCACUCAACAAGCAUUUCUGUACAGGUACCUCAACUAACAACAGUAAACAGGUCCGAAAAACAAAUGGAAGAAGAGGAUAGCAGACACACAGAUGCAAUUGUGAAAGUUGCUUUUCUCAAGAAAUGUAAGGAAGCAGGACUUCUUAAUGAUUUAUUUGAAGAAAUAUCACAAAAACUUCAUUUGAUUCAGGAAAGACUCAUGGAUGAGAAUAUUUCAGAAUCAGACUAUGAAGAAAUCGGGACUUCACUUUUUGACUGUAGAUUGUUUGAAGACGCAUUUGUAAAUUUUCAAGAAGCAUUAGAGACUAACAUUCAGCAAUUCGAAGAAAAAUGGCAGCAGAUGAAGGAAGAGAUUGACCUACUUCAGGACUUAAAACAAACUUUGUGCUCUGUUCAAGAAAACAGUGCUUCAGUAUCUUCUUUAUCUUCUUAAGAGUUACCAUUUCCUAAGCCAGAAAUUGGGCAUAGCUGCAAGCAGGCUGAGAACUAGAGACCAGGCCUAGGAAAGCCACACAUCUCUAGCACAAGGUCUCGUGUCUCUUGUCUGCACACUUUGAUCCUCACCAGCUCAAACCUGUUCAUGCCUAACUGGGUGUUUACUGCCGCCCUCUUAUGAUCUCACUUCUCCUACCUCUCCUCUGACAAAAUGUUUCUCAGAUUCCACUUGAGUAAAUUGGAUCAUGCCUCCCA